GACAGACGUGGGUCUGGAGGAGCCCCGAACCAAGCGUGGGCCCUGGAAACGCAGGUUAAUGGCGCCGUUAAGGAGGAAAUGCCGAGGUCUAAGGCUUCAGCCUUUUCCCAGGAUCUCAGAUGAGUGGAACCGUGUGGGUGGAACCGAAGCCUGCUGGGAAGCUGCGGAGCCGCUCGUGGCUCCGAGCCAGCGUUGACGACUUCUACCGAAGACUCCCGAGCGUCUCCGAUCUGAAACGUGUCCACGAUCCCGACACCAACGGAAAACUCCUGAGCUCGUCCCGUUUGGGCCGUCGAAGCUGCUGCCGUGGGUCGGGUCGGGCGGAGGCUGGACGCCACCGAUGACGGAGGAGCGGCGUUUCCAGAGCGCAUCCUCCGGAGCCCCUCCCAGCCGCCGCCGCCGGACCGAACCCAGACAAAGAGCGACCAUUCAACAUGAAAGUGAUCAGCGCUGCGGUGCUGAGCGUCCUGUUCUGCACCGCUGUGUCGGCGUCUUCUAAAGGCGAGGAGCACCGGACGGCCUUCUUCGACGAGGACGUUCCCAUCAAGCUGCUGCCCGGGAACGUCAGCGAGGUCGUGUUCACCCCGGCCAACGGGUCGGCCGGCGAGGUGGUUCUGAUGCGAGCGGGUCGGCUGGUGCCGGGCGGGAGCGGGCGCCUCCGCCACGUCCCGGACCACCUGGUGAUCGAGGACGUGAAGGAGGAGAACGAGGGCACGUACACCGUCAGGAGCUCCACGGACGCCACCGUGAUGAAGAGGCUCGUCCUCAUCGUCAGAGACUGUUCUGUGGAGCAGGUGGUGAAGUACGGGGAGAGCUACCACAUUCACCUGAAGGAGGUGGAGGCUCCGGUCACCGUGGAGUUCAGGCCCAGUUUGGUUCUGGCCAAUGAGACGGCGUCGCACUCGACCACCGAGCUUCCUUCCAUCCUGCUGUACAACCAGUCCACGGUUCUGUCAGACGAGUUCUCCGGACGCCUCAGCGUGUCCGACAAAUGGGUGACGCUGCACUCGGUGAGGAUGACGGACGAGGGGAGCUACACGGUGAAGGACCGGAGCGGCAAAGCCCGGAGGAGGAACUGCCUGAACGUCCGGGAGCACCAGACCUUCCUGCACCUCCUGUACGGAGGGAACCUGAGGAUGAAGCUCUACCGGCACCACUCCAACCUCAGCAUCACGUACAGGCCCAAAUCAGACAACAGGGAGCGGGUGGUCCUGGACCGCGGGGUCCUGCUGGAGCCUCAGGACCCGCUGCUGGAGGGCAGGCUGAGCGUGGAGGGCUCGGAGCUGCUCCUGAAGAAGCUCCACGUGGCCGACACCGGCGUCUUCAGGGUCACGGACCUGUCCGGCUUCGCUGUGGCUCACGUCUACAUCGAGGUGGAAGCCUACAAGCUGCCCCCCCUCGCCGUGGCCGUGGUGUCAAUGCUGAGCCUCAUCGCCUUCAUGCUGCUCGUCUGCCUGCUGUCCUGCCUCUACAAGAUCCACAGGAGGAACGAGAAGAACAAGAAGCUGCUGCUCCUCGCUCAGCAGGCCGGGAAGGGGGACGGCGACGCCUUCAGACAGGUCGUGCAUGAAGCCUACACCAGGUUCACUGAGGAGUCUCUGACCCAGUCUGUGUGCGACAAACCGUCCGAGCGCACGGAGGUCACCAUCAAGGGUCUGGAGGUGUCCAAACCGGGCCGGUACCAGGCUCUCACCUCCGACCACUUUCUGGAGAUGAGCGACUCUGGAGCGGAGUUCACCCACUCCGGCCUCCCUCUGGACAGCGACACUGAGCCUGCUCUGACCUUCGCCUCCCACAAGCCCCUGCUCAACGCCAUGUCGCCCACCGCCGUCACCGGAGCCGUCCACAUCCACAGCCCGGACACCACCGUGGUGCCGGACGGCGAGCUCAGCGCCAGCCGGACCCCCGACUCCGUGGUGAGCGCCAGCCCGGCCUCCAACCCGCGCUCCCUGACGGCCGCCACGCCCGACGGCAGCCUGCACGGCGCCGCGUCUCCAGGAGGGGGCUCCAGGGGCUCGGCCAAAACCGAGGGAGGGGCCGAGGGAGGGGAGGAGGGAGGGGCCGAGGGAGGGGAGGAGGGAGGGGCCGGGGGAGGGGCCGGGGGAGGGGCCGAGGGAGGAGUCGAGGGAGGGGCCGACGGCGCCCAGAGCACCUGAGAGGAGACGUCCACAUCCACCACCAGACCCCCGAUCACUGCAUUCAACACAGACGAUUAAAGCCUGAACCUGGAAGAUGAAACAACACUAACAUUUAUGAGAAACGAGAACAGCGACUGCAUGCAUUUAAAUGAGACAUUACAGUAGAUACCAACAGGAAACGCCGCCGUUAGACUAGAACGAUGCAUGAUGUAAAAAAGUAACACGCUCAGCACUUUUUGGGAAAACACACAAAACAGAAUCAAAUCAUUUCAGCUGAAAAGAGGUCAUCACAAAAACGUUAACAGGAAUUUGACAAUUUGACAGUUGAGCUUCAAGAAACUCAUUUCUCUCAACAACGACGACGCAGCUUCUCUUCCUCCUCGUCCUCGUCCUUCUCGUCCCCCUCCUCUUCCUCUUCCUCCUCCUUCUCCACCUCCUCCUCCUCCUCCUCCUCAUCCCCCUCCUCUCCCUCUUCUUCCUCCUCCCCCUCCUCGUCCUUCUCGUCCCCCUCCUCAUCCUCCUCCUCUUCUUCCUCCUCCACCCCCUCCUCCCCCUCCUCCCCCUCCUCUUCCUCCUCGCCCCCUCCUCCCCCUCCUCCCCCUCCUGCUUCUCUCAGACCGGCUCCUCCAUUGUUACAUUCCUUUCACACUAAACAAGCCGGACUAGCUUGAUCGCUGUCACUCCCGUCUGCUUGUUUUCCCUCUCUCAUAUCCUGGGUGUCGUCUCUGAAGGAACCCAUUAGAACCCCGUCCGCAUCUCUCUCACACUGAACUCCGGAGGAAACAACAACUUCCAGUAGAAAGGACCCAGAGCGCUGCAGCACGUUUGCAGCGGCUCCUGAGGACGUAAUUGGAUUCUGGGUCUCCUUUUGCAGACGGACGAUUCAUGGACACCGCGGAGCGAGGAGCGAUGAUAAAAGAGGCGACGGAGCCAUUGGAGGGAGCAGAUAAAUGACUUGCAUGAUUUAAAGCCCCCAUCCAUCACCACAGCUCUUAUUGUGGCCCAGUUGUUUGCCAAAAUGAAGUGAGUGGGAUCAAUCUGCGAUAACGACGCAGCGGCCGAAUGAGGCUGAAUACGUGAUUAUUAGCUGUGAGUUUCAUAUAGAGCAACCAACAGUAUUAUCCAGAGCCCUGCAUGAAGACACGAGUCCAUUCAGCCCAGAAAACUGGGAAACACAAAGACCAGUACGAACAGGAGCCCACACAUCUGCUGCUGGUGCUCAGCGAUGACGGACUAAUGUGGAGGACGUCACAUGUUUACAGACUUUAAACCCACUGUUUGCUUAGAUUCAUUCAAGGGCAUUCAGUUCAUAAGUCACCGCUUCAUGGUUAUAAGUGAGGAGCAGGGGUCAGGUGGCUUCUAGAUGGAGGAGGUCCUGGCUGAAGUCUGGCUCAUUCAGUUAGAAACCAUCAACACAUUCAUCCAGGUACAAAGGAUGAAGCCAGAAGCAGCUGAGCUAAUUCCAUGGAGCUCUCGCGUCUGAAUGCUUCCUCCCUGUCAGGUCCAGGCUCAGACGUGUCACCGGCUGCAGCUCCUCCAUGGGGCCGCGGGUCCACGGGUCCACGGGUCCACGGGUCCAGGAGUCCUCCUCCGUGGGGCCGCGGGUCCUCCUCCUCCACAGACCCCUGCCUCCAUGCUGCAUCCGGUACCGCUCCGCCUGUAAAAGCCACCAAACCGCCUUGGUUUCAUCUUAACAAGGCCGCGCGUCCCAGGGAUCCCAUUUAGAUGUCACCGUCACUGCUGUUAGCCUCGCGCCGCAGCUCAAUCGAUGUCAACCUGAGACGCCUGAAGAUCCACGAGCCGUGUCUCAGACGGCCACUAAAAGCAGGCAGACGCGCGAAAGCACAAACGCAUCACUUCAAAACAAGUACACGGUGCAUGUUGUUAAAAAACGUAGCAGCUGUAAAUGAAAUAACGUCACCUGUAGAACGUAGUUUAGCUUCUUAUUCAGGAAAAAAUAUCAGCUGAGUUAAAUAAUGUCUGAUGGUUUGCUAUAUAGUAUAAGAACGUAUAAAGCAAUAUUAGUCAUUAAACGCACUGAGUCAUUAAACGCACCACGCAAACCUGAUGUCACUCCUCCGCUGUAAAUAGACAGAUAUGUGAUCUGCAUGUGUAUAGUGUGAUUAUACCACCUUUCCUACUAACUGGCUUAUGCAAUAUUUUAUACUAUGAAGCGCUGCAUUAAUCCUUUAACCGUCCGUCGUCAGCUGGUGGAGAAGAUUCAUCCACGUCUGUGAGGUCCAUUCAUCAGAGCUCGGCUGGUGUAGCCUCAGGGGAGCCCGACUGGUCUGUGGUUGGGAAGCAGUAAAGCCUGUGUCAGGGGUGAAUCCCUCAAAUUAUAUACGACUCCCAUCGGCCGUUAGCUCCGCUCCUGUCUAACACAGCAUGUGGCCUUCAGGGACCCGUCUGUCUGCAGGGCAACCGUCAGCAUGCAGGAGGCGUUUGAGGACGCUAAAGACCGUAGGUGAUCUGAGUUUCCAAGUGCUCCUACUCCAGUAGUUAGUAGAAGUGUAACGUAUAAUCUGACCACACAACGUUGUUUCCUGCUCUGACUGUAGCUGCGUUACGUUCAGGGUGAAAGCUCUAGAUCCCAGCGUGUGUCCGCUGGAACAACGAGGCUGAGGCAAUCACCGCUGACGCAGGCUUUGUGAAAGGAUUUCACGUCCCGCCGUUCACCCUCGCUGAUGUUUUCUUUUUCAUUACCCGCCACAGCCAACGUUCACAAAGCCGCUCAGAGUCGUGCUGAUCCGUCUGCGGCCGUGGGGAGAUUUAAUAAAAUGUUCCUUCAGUUCUGCUAGAUUCACUCCGCUGUUAAUCUACUGUUUUCUAUAAAUCCAGAGGAUAUAAUAAAACACUAUGAAAUGACUCCUGCAGCGUGGGAGUCUGCAAAUACCUCUGUAAGACAGAAUAUCGGCCGCACUCUGACACUGACAUCGCUUCAUUCCAGUUCUCUUCAAAUCAGCGGCUUUUACUUGGAUUGAAUUUAGCUUCAGCGUUGGUUCCAACAGAUAAAAACAAUAAUUAAAACCCACUGAUCUGUGUCCCUCUCAGCGCAGAUGUUUGUAGAAAUAACACUUAAGAAGUAAACGCAAAACAUGAAAUAAACUAUUUCAUAGGUAGCGGGAGGCUGAUCCCAGCUCAGCGGCGCGUCUGCUCUGCAGCCGUUGUGAAUAUUAAACACUGAGCUCUGUCCCCGUCGUCGCUGAGUGUUUUUAUACCACAGAACUGUACGAACACGCAUUCUCAUCUGCCUCUGGACUCGUUGCUCCACUGAAGCUGCUGUUUCUGUUCCAGCCUGUAGAGCUGCCGACCUGUACGCUGCUUGUGGGACGCAGCCCAUCGCUAACAAUGCUACUGUGUUGAGCUUUGUGUUGAGCUGCCUCUGACCCCGUGACCCCGAGGCUGAGAGCCAUCGUCAGUGAAGCUGGAAAUGAGUUCAUGCCUGCAAAUAUUAUUAAUAAACCUGAAUGUGAAAAAUCACUAUACGCACGUUCAUUUAAAUGAACUUUUAGCAAUCUCUCCUGCCACAAACACACGUUCCACAGAGUCAGUGGCUCCUCAGCCUGGAUUCAUUCAGAUACUUUAGCCUGUUGCUUCUGUAAAUGCAGCAAAUUAACCUUUUUUAAAUCUAGUAUUACGUGUAUGACAAUUAAAGCACUCAAUCACUUCGAUCCUUCAGUAAUCUCACUGUAAUUGAUGGUGCUUGACGAUAGUAGGGCUGAUAAAAUGUAAUUUAAGAUCCAAAGGAUGUCAUUAAUGGGAGCUAUAAUGAUUCUCAUGGUUCUCUGGAGACUUUAGAUCAAUGCAGACGGUCUAAAAUGACAUCACCGGGUCAGAGUUUUACAAAUCAGAUUUAAUCUGUGCACGUAUUUCCCAAUGGUUUCUUUAUUUCACACAUUCAUUUUAUAAGUCCAGUAAUUUUCACCAAAAAGCUCAGCGGUGGUUCUGACCCGCGCAGGACACAAAAGUUCAAACUGCUGGUUUAAUUUUACUUCUCACAUUUAAAUCCACGCUUUUAGAGAGUGAAGAGCCUCUUUUCACUUCAUGAAAGGUUUGAAUUUUAGCAGGUCGGUUCAGACAAACUCAUCCUCUGUGGAAACGUUUCACCCUGUGCCGUUCAACCUGUUCCAUUGCUCGUCUGUUCUGUGGGAGCACACACCUGAUCCCUCAGUGGCGCUGGAUUUAAUCAAAUGUAGAUUCACUGUGUUAAUGUGCUGUUCUCUGUGAGUCACAUGGAAGGUGACGCUUGUGUUCAGCGUGGUUAAAAGGAGCGAAGGCAGAAAUCCUGUCGUUGACGUUCGAGGUUCUGGUUCUGAUUUAAACUAAACUCAGAUGUUUACCGUGAAGCAGCUUCACCCUCUAGUUUGAUGAAUGGACCCGUAUUAUUCAUACACUGGUCCUGUAGAACCUCUGACAGCCUGCACUGACUUUUGUAAAGCUUCUCUCUUAUGUGAUGAAUGAAUUCAAAUAAAAUCCAUUUUCAGCGGCGACCGAA